UGUUGAAACAUAACCUUAAAUUGAGUGCGAGUGUUUGGUUAAAUAUAUAUAGUUGUUGUUACAUCUUUAAAGGUAAACAUUUCUUUAUAAACAUAUAUAUUUUGUUAAAGUGUUGUUAUUUUAUGUGUAACAUUCUUCCCUACCUAAAUGGAUAAGCAUGGACAAAUACAAAAAAGGAAAAAAUGUUGAGGAACCCUUGGAGAAAAGCCAGAUACCUAUACCUAACUUACCAGAGGACUUUUUAUGGAUGCAUGUGAAUCCCGGUACCAAAAUGCGGAACGUGUUGGAACACGCGUUGAAAGAGAUUGAGACGCAGAAAACAGUCCUGUGGUCAGGCUCGGGACCCGCAGUCGGCAAGGUGAUCAGCUGUGCUGAGAUAAUGAAGCGACACCACAAGCUGCAUCAAAUCAACAAGAUAUGCUUCCGCAAAGUGAAGGAGUACUGGGACCCACUGAUAGAAGACUUGGAUCCUCUCGUGGUCAUCAGGGAACAGCCUACCAUCCACAUCCUGUUGUCAAAGGAUCCUUUGGAUAUUUCAUUGCCUGGGUAUCAAGCUCCAGACACAAAGGCUAACAAUCAGAGGAAAAAACAACAAAACAGACCACAACAAAGGAGGAGGAUUGACCCUGAGAAGUUCGAAGAGUUAGGUCUCCGCUCGUCACGGACAAAGGGGUCCAAACGCAAACAGUUUGAGGGAAAAGGAGAAACAGCCGCUGCCACUUCGCAGGCUCCGAGGCCACAAUCUAACUGGAGAAGCGAGCAGAGAGGAGAGACAAGCCAGGGCAAAGUAACACCCAAAGGUGGACAGAAGUCCACGAAACAACCCACUGUGGAUAACAGUGUUAGAUAGUAAAGAUUGCAAUACAGGUUCUGUUUUUAACA